CUUUUUAAUCCUUUGUUUAUUAUCUGCUCUUCGUCAACCCCUUCUAUCCUUCUUUCUCUCUUUUUAUGUCCUUGUCCUUUGACUUUACUCCCUCUUCUCUAUCCCAUUAUGAAGUUGACUAUAGCUUCGAGAUCUGAGAGAUCACAAUUCAUAUUGGAUUUAACUGGCUCCCCAGAAGAUGUCACAGUGGAAACUGUUCAAAAUGAAAUUACCAAACGAUACUCAAGACUCUAUCCUGCUCGCCAGCGCUUGACUACCGAGAAGGGUGUUCUCGAAAGAGGCAAAACUCUAGCGGACUACGGUAUCAUGGACGGUGAUACUGUUUUAUUCAAGGAUCUUGGCUCUCAAAUUAGCUGGCGUACUGUAUUUCUGAUUGAAUAUGGUGGACCUCUGGUGAUUCAUCCUCUGGUCUACUUGCUUCCAUCAUUGUUCUAUGGUCAGAAUUUUGAACAUAGUUGGAUGCAAACUGUGACCUUCUGGAUGGUGAUGCUUCAUUUCUUGAAGCGCGAAUAUGAGACAAUCUUUGUCCAUCGAUUCUCGCAUGGGACUAUGCCCUUCCGUAAUGUCUUCAAGAACAGUGCUCAUUACCAUUUACUCUCUGGCAUCAACCUUGCCUAUUGGGUCUAUGGUCCCUGGAACGCUGCUGGCACUAAACUCGCAGAAAGAAGUGAUCUACUUAUUUAUGGUUGCAUUGUCCUUUAUGCUUUUGCUGAACUCUCCAACUAUCACACACAUGUGACCCUUCGAAACCUUCGCCCUCCAGGAACCAGGGUCCGUAAAAUUCCUCGAGGCUAUGGCUUUGAUCUUGUCUCAUGCCCCAACUACUUGUUCGAGACCCUUUCAUGGCUAGCGAUCUGUAUCUUGACUCUCUCUUGGUCUGCCCAUUUGUUUUUCUUUGUAGCAGUGGGUCAGAUGUACAUCUGGGCUGUUAAGAAGCACAAGAUGUAUCGUAAAGAGUUUUCAGACUAUCCUCGUGGACGCAAGGCUAUGAUUCCAUUGAUAGCGUAAAUUAGAUAAUAAAGGAAUAUGACUUGAAC